AUGGCCUCAUUGCUCCCCGUACGAGCGGUCAGGACCGCUUCCUGCUCUGCAUGCCGCUCUUUCUCCUCCCUCUACCCGGCUCAAUUCGCGCUCCCUCUCUCUCGCCGUAACUAUUCCACGCCCGCGGAGGAGCCACCAGUCGACUACACAAACAAGCCGCGAUGGUCGUACACGCCUCCUCGCAUGAAGGCUCCUUUCUCUCUCCACUUCGACUCCAAAAGGCCCGACUUCCCCGUCAACAACGACCCUCAACUUCUCGACCAGUUCUACAUUCGCUUCCUCGGCGAGGGCGGCGACAAGGUUCUCACCGAUGAGGUCAAAUGGCUUGCAGUGACACAUAAGAGUUUCGAUCAGGGCCGAAGAGGCUUCAACGACCGCUUGGCUUUCCUGGGGAAACGUAUUGUCCAGCUACAGGCCUCGCUUGCUCUGGCACAGAGCGCUCCGAACACUCAUGGCCAACCGGCUCCUGACCGCUACGGGCGGAAGCCUUUCGAGCACCCAGCGCUGGAGGGCCUCGACAACCUGUCUGACAACACGAAGCGGUUCCUUACGGACAAGUCGAAGCUUGCCAACGUCGCGCGGCAUUACGAUUUAGAGAAAGUUCUCCGAUGGAGUCCUCGGAAGCCCAGGAACCUCGACGGUUCCGGCGUCGAUCUUGUCCUCGCACACACACUUUACGCGCUCGUCGGUGCUAUUUCUCUGGAAAAGGGCAAUCUGGUUGCCAACAAAGUGGCGCGGGAGCGGAUAUUAGCACCUCUGGGGUUCCAGGUUACGGUAUAG